UACUGCAAACACUCAAGUCAGUGUAUCUCUAGACAAACUAACGUACGAGUCUCGUGAAGAAACUUGCAGAGAAAAGUGCUUCACAGAGUUGAAAGAAAGAUUAAAAGUGAAAUUUUGUUGCUGGAUUUGUUCUUUUGCGUGUUAUUAGUGCUUGUCUUUGUUGAGACUCAAAGAAGGAUUAUUAACAGAUAAUUGAAAGUGCAUUUUGCGGAUUUUUUUUAAAUACACCCAACGUCUUGGACAAGAAAAAGAACCAACAAUGAAGUUCAGCGUCUUUGCCAUCACCUUUGCUUUUACCUGCUUCAUCAGCCUUUCCCGAGCCACCGAAGUCAGCCAAUGUCAAGCUGGAGGAGCCAAGAAAUUGGAGUCCUCGGAAGUAUCAAUUUCCAAUUGUCAGAAACCACCUUGCAAACUCCGCCGAAAAACAGAGGUGUCGAUUGAGCAAAAGUUCACGCCAGAGAAAAAUCUCAAGACCCUCACUACCACCGUCCAUGCUGAGAUCCUCGGCAUUCCAUUGCCCUUCAUCGGGGUGGAUAACACGUCUGCCUGUGAAAACAUCUUCGAGGAGGAUGGAACCACCAAAGCCAGUUGUCCACUUAAGGCUGGCACUCCCUAUGUCUACAAGAAUUCCUUCAAAGUCCUCGAGAUCUACCCCAAAACGAGUCUCGUCGUUCACUGGGCGCUCACACAUGGCAAUAAGGAUGUGACAUGCUUCGAAGUACCGGCGAAAAUUAUCUAAAGGAAUUAAAGUUUUACAAUUGAUAUGGCAGACAAUAAUAAAAUAAUUUUUUUGGAAUAA